AUUCAACAAGAAACCAAAGCUCGACCACUAAAAAUCACCAUUAAGCAAACAAUAACCAAAUCGACCAACUAACCGACCAACAAACCAAACAAAUUCAACUGAACAACCAACCAGAAUCCCAUAAAACGAAAACUCUCAAUUCGUAUCCAGAAGCACAGUAAAACAGAGAAGAAACAAAAAUGAAAUUCGUAAUAUUGCUGUGCGUAUUGAGUGCGCUUUUGCUGCAAAUUGAGGCUUCCCCUGUACAAAUGUUGGCGAGAAGCGAAAGGGCUGUAUCCCGCCAGCAGGCAGCCAGCAAUGAUGUGGCCCCAGCAGCGGCUCCAGCCGCCGAUGAUGAUGACGACGAUGACGACGAGGACGAUGAUGAUGAUGAGCCGGAUCUAGGGGAUUUGGUCGACGAUGAUGAUGUUCUUUUGAUUUCGGGCCUUUCAGAUGAUGAUGAAGAGGAGGAAGAAGACGAUGAUGAGGAGGAAGACGAUACACCCCAGGGUCAAGCAGCGCCAGGUGCCACAGCCAGCGAUGAUGAUGACGAUGAGGAGGACGAUGACGAUGAUGAUUAUUUGGAUAGAUUGUUCGAUGAUAUUUUGGGAGAUGAUGAUGAUGAGGACGAUGAAGAUGAAGCCCUACCAGCUGCCAGUGCUGCCCAGCAGACAGUUGCCGCUGCCCCAGCACAGAACGCUGAUGACAUUGCUCCAGCUGUUGCCUCAUCGGUAAGCUCUGGCGUUUCCGAUGCCGUCGAUUUGCCCAAUGAGAGUGGUAAUGCUGUCGAGCCAGAGGCAUCGGGCAAUGCAGUUGACCAGUUGCUAUCGUCACCCGCAGCAGCAGCAUCCCCGGCACAGGCAGCAGCAGCUACAUCGGCCAGCAACAGCAAUAACAACGAAGGUCUAACUGGUGAUGACGAUGAGGAGGCUGACGAUGAUGACGAUGACGACGAUGAUGAUAUUAUUGGAGACGAUGUCAUCGAGGCCAGACGUGAAGCACGUGAUCUGAAAAACAACGUCAUCGACAUGUCAACGGAUGCAUUCCAAGCUCGCCACAAUCACUUCAUCGAUGCCAUAUUCUCUCGCAUAAAUCGCAUCGUGGCAGAUAAUUAUGAUCCAUUUGUGGUACGCCUAGCCGGACGUUCAGCGGCCGCAACAUCAAGUGCCACCACGAGUGGUUCAGCUACCAGCAGCGGGUUAAAGACUGUCAAGACCAAGGGAGGCAAUCAGAAGACAACUGGCCAUAAGAAACUCAAAAACACACGCUCCGAGCCAAGAGCAGCCACUGGCAGAAGCAGCAGCAGCAGCAGCAGCAAGGAGGGGGCUACAGUUAAAUUGCAAGAGCAAUUGACGCAAUUACAGACAGAGCAGGGCAUCAAAGCCAUUGAGCAUCACCAGGACAAGGAACAGCAGCAGCAGCAACAGCAGCAGCAGGAGCAGGGUGAGAUUGACGCCCCCAAAGCGGAAGUGCGCACCGUUUUCAGUAGCAACGAGCCAACUGCAGCCAUCAAAGCCAACCAAAAGAAAUCCAGUAACCAGGCUCAACAGCAGCAGCAGUCACACAAACACAACACGAAAAAGGCGUCAUUGAAAGCGGGCGGUGGAGGCAACUACAAUCAGCCAGCGGCUGGAGGUGGCUCUUCGAAGGCUGGCAAUGAAGUUGAGAAGCUGCAAAAGGCCGAGGGCAGUCUGUCUGGUCUGGCCUCAUUGAAGCGCGUUGGCAAUGUGAAGGUGAUCAGCGAUGCGGAAGGACGCAAUUCGACCAUUAAGGCCAAAUUCACGCUUGGCCCAUUGAUUUUACGUGUCGAGAAGUCCUUCAAGCGCGGCAGUGUGCGCAGCGUAAAAAGUGCCACGGCCAGGACAAACGAGAUGAUCGGUCGCAUCAAAUUCAGUGUGCAAGAUGAUCGGGCCACCCUAAUGUCCAUCAAGGUGCAGCAGCCCAAGCAGGUGGAGGUGGAAUCCAAGGACAAUCAUGACCGUACACGCGAAUUUGUCUGGCGUCGCACGCCCAAAAUUGCCAAAUUGGUCAAUGAGAAACUGAAAUUGGCUGCCGAGUCGCUAUUUGCGCCGCAAGGCGUGGAGGUCGUAAGACUUUAACGCCCCAGCCGCAUCACCCCCCUUCAACAACAACAAAACCAACCACAAGAAUGAAAGGAUUAACGAUGAGAGUAAAAAGUUAAAUGAGAAUGAACGCUUGAUGUAUGGCACGCUUCUCUGUGUAACUCAAAUCCUGUAAUU